UGAUAGUUUCGCAGAACUACCGCUGGAUAAUAAUAAUGUAUGGUGACGAGGUUAGGGUCCAGCGGUGCCUUUUAAUAUCACAUCACCGCCAUGUUUUACCUCAAAACUUACUAGGUGUUUGAUUGGGAAGGAAACAGGUUGCGCCUGCGCUCUGAGCCAUACGUGUUUUGUUUUUUUUCCCAGCUUGAGAUAUGCUGGCUUUUUUUGAAAAUCAGCAGCAGCUGCUUCAAAGGGCAGAGAGACGGAGACGGAGGAAUGUGGCUGUGAUUCAUCCGGACCAGAUGAACCCGGACCGGGCCGUCCCGUCUGGAAUCAGACGCUAUGCUGUUAUUUCCUCGUGCGUUUCUUGUUUGAUGUAGAACGCGCUCUGCUGGCCGCCUUCAGACGUACUGAGAUGGUCCAUUUCAGCGAUGGCUAAGGGUCUUUUUCCACGAGCCUGGGUGAAAAAGUCUUUCUAUUUCCAGGCUCGGAUCUCCUUCGUGCGGGUGAAGUACCUGUUCCUCACCUGGCUCACCGUCCUGGUUGGCAGCUGGGUUCUCUAUGUCCAGUACUCGGCUUACACAGAGCUGUGCAGAGGACAUGAGUGCAAGAACGCCAUCUGUGAUAAAUACAGGAGGGGAAUCAUCGAUGGCUCUGCCUGCAGCAGUCUGUGCGAAAAAGAAACGCUCUACAUGGGCAGGUGUCUGUCUACGCUACCGAACAACCAGGUGUACACAGGAAGCUGGGGGGACCACGGCGGGAUCAUCCGCUGCAAACUGGGGGAGGUGGGUCACUACGAGCUGGGCGAGGAGCCGGAGCCACGAAGAGAAACCCCAGUGUUCGAUAAGCCUAACAGAGGCACCUCUGUUGAGAAGUUCAAAGAGAUGCUGUUCAACCAUCUCAAGUCCAAGCUUGGAGAGCAUGCGGACCUUCGCAGUCUUGUCAGCCAGAUCCUCUCCGUCGCCGAUGGCAACAGAGAUGGACGAGUGUCACUCCCAGAGGCUCGUUCAACAUGGGCCCUUCUGCAGAUGGAUGAGGUUCUGCUGGGCCUGCUGCUCCAGGACCGUGGGCAUACACCCCGCCUUCUUGGCUACUGCGGAGAUCUCUACAUGACAGAGCGGAUCCCCAACGGGCCCCUCUAUGGGUUCUCAUUGCCCUGGCCUCUUGUUUCCUGGGUGCCAGGAGGUUUGCAGCGCACCAUGGACCAGUGGUUCACCCCUUCCUGGCCUCACAAAGCUAAAAUCUCCAUGGGCCUGCUGGAGCUCGUGGAGGACAUUUUUCACGGUACCUACGGGAGUUUUCUGAUCUGCGACCUCGCUGCCAUGCACUUUGGUUACACCGACCGCCAUGAGCUCCGGCUCACCAACACGCAAGUGUUGAUCCCUGAAGAGGAGUUCAGGCACACCAUGAGAGUCCUGAAGUGUGAGACGGACGCUGACUGCGUGUAUGGAGCGGACUGCCAGACCUCAUGCGACCCAUCUGAGAAGCGGUGCAGGGAGGAGCCAGUUCAGCCCAACCUCGCAAAAGCCUGCGGCGUGUUGAAGGACUACAUCCUGCGUGGGGUGCCUUCAGAAAUGAGAGAGGAGCUGGAGAGGCAGCUGUAUGCCUGCAUGGCUCUCAGAGGUAAUGCCGGUCAGAUGAACAUGGAACACUCGCUCAUCCUCAACAACCUGAAAGCUCUGCUUUGGAAACGGAUCUCGCACACCAAGGACUCAUGAUGUUGGGGAUUGUCGUUUUGAAACCACGAUCAUCAGGUCUCCAAGUGGAGCAGAGUGAAAGCAAUGCUGUGAUACAUGAGUAGAAUAUAUAAUGAAAUCAUAUCUAUCACCCUCUAACACUUGUGAAUAGAGAUGCACUGAUGAGAACUUUGGGGCCAAUUUCCGAUAUCCGUUUUUAUUUUUAUUUUUUAUAAAGCAUUACCAAUUUUCACACUGCGAUUUCUCUUUUAAAACUAGUGUGAGACGAUAUUAAGACACAAUUCCAAAUAUUUUUUUCAAGCCUGUUUGCUGUGAGCGGCCAUAUUUAAAUGGAGCAGAGACAUCAGCAAGCAGGUGUGUAGGAGCAGUAGCUGUAAAGCAAAGUUUUAUUACUGUUUUAUAACUAAGGAAAAAAUUAUUGGACAUUUUCCGCUGGAUUUAGCAUUUUACUAGUAAUUAGCAUAGUUAGCAUUAAAAAACAGUAUUAUUGGUGUGUAAUCCCUUUAGAGUCCUUUGAUAUUUUCAAAUUCAGGAUGUUCCCUUAAAGAUAGAGGUUUAAAUGUCAAACAAUUAAAACAAAGCACCUUUACCAUAAUGUGUUCAGCCUUAUUAAUUAGGUUUUGCCCACCUCCUUUCAGGAGUAGCAAACAAACAAAGGUGCUCUAAUUAAUUUUCAUUUUGUAAUGCAGAGUGCUAUUUAAGAGUGACACAUUAAUUUAACUGUUUGGAACUAUUUGAAAUCCCAAUUUUACCAUAAAUAAGUUAGCAAGUUUAAUAUCUUUUGUUUUUAAACUUUGAAACAGGUGAUUCUACAAAAUAAAAUCAAACGAUGCUGUUGGGGGGGCCCUUGGUGGGGCUAGGGCCCUAAGCAGCUGCUUAACUUGCAUUUGACUGGGGCCGGCUAACUUAGGAUUUUAUUUUUAGUUUCUCACCAGUCAGGUCUGGUUAACCAAGAAAAAAAAACCCAAUUUGCUGGGCAUCUUUACUUACAAAUGAUAAAUCCAGUUGACCUACCUCCUCUCUUACUAUUGUAAAAGUUUGGGGCCUAAAACCUGAACUCAGUGAUUGUGUGUUCUCAUCAGGCAAAUCUGAAACAAGUCAUAGAAUCUUAUGGUUAUGUUUUGUGUUGUUCACCCUGUGGUGAAUGGAAUGUUAUCUUUGAGAUAAUGACUUGAUUAAUUCACUCGUUCUGCCAAAACCAUCCUAGAGCGGAUCUACAUCAUCUUUACUUUGACAUGAAGAAGUAUUAGAAAAUCAGAGUGCACUGUUAAUAGGAUGAGACAAAUAUGUGAUCAAAUCCACAGGGGACCACUGUUGGCACUUGCACUCCUUUAUUUUUUGAACUACACUUGGAAACCUAAACAAAACGAAAUAUAAACAAAACAUGCACAUUGAAAAUGAAACUUAGGACUGUUUUAUAUGACACUAAAUGAUGGUCAGUUUUUGAGGUUAGAAAACAAGAUUCUGUCCUACAUGCUUAGAACACAUCAUGAUAGAAAGAUGAACUGCAAAGAGGCGGCAUAACACUGAUGUAAACUAUGGUACAGCUGCUUUGAUGAACCUUCUAUCAACAAGAGAUCUUACUGUUCCUUUAAAGAAGCUUUGCUUUCAGUUUCUUAUUAUCACAACAUGAGAUGUAAUGUCAUUGUCGAAGCUGUAAUCUGAAAGUUGAGAGCUGGUCAUAGCUUUACAUUAUUGUGCUGGAUUUCCUUAUUUUCAACAGGUUCUUUCUGGGCCCAGUGAUUGUACAACAAGCCCAGUUUGGGUGUGUGUUUGGGGUGGUUGUGUCUUACAGGUUCAGGCCAUUUGAUGUGGUCAAAGAAUAUGCUGUCUGAAAUAGCUUGACAAUUUCCUUUUAUCAAGGGUGACAGUUUGGGUCAGAGGAAUGAGACUUUGAUACUGUCUGGGGUUCAAACUGGAAAACAGUUCAAAGACAUUUCAUAAAUGGUUUGGUAAUACAUAAAGCCAGCUAACAAUGGGGUUGAGGAAUGGAGCUGACAAAAAUCACGCCACCAAUGGCCCCGUUUACUCAACUGUAAAUCAGCUGUUGAUGAGCUUAGGCUCCAUGUAAGAACAAAAAGGGAACUAUAAGCUUCCUGUUUUCAAAUAAACCAAGCAUAUCCAACCCUGGAAACAGAGCAUUACCAUGGUUACUGCUAAGUUGGAAUGACCUACUGGCUCCUUCUAGCAAAUGUGGCCUACUAAUUGUGUUCAAAUUAAUAGAAUUGAGAUGUAUUUAAAAAAAAAGGUAAAUUUAUUUUCAGAAACAGAAAUGCAUUAGAGAGGAAGGGCAUGCAAACUCCAUGCAGAAAGACCCCAGGCCGGGAUUCAAACCCAGGACCUUUUUUCUGCAAGGCAGCAGUGCUACCAACUGCUUUCCUCUGUAAAGCAUUUGAGAUCAUUCUGGUGGAUCAGCCUGUUAUUUUCAACAAUUCCAUUUCUGCCCUCCCUUCGAUCAGCGUUUCAGUCAAAGAAGCUUCUUCUGGACAACAUCUGGAACAAUAUUCCUCUGCUUCAUCCUUCAAAUGAGGAACCAAGAUGAUUGAAUUUCACACUAUUAUUUUGAACACACCUCCUUUUUAAUUAAUGGCUACGUUACCCAGAAUCAGCAGGCUGCGGAUCCUGUCUGUUGGUUUUCCAUUUCUCCACUACAUCUAGAGCUAAAUCAUUUUAGCACCUAGAAAUAUUUCUACUAAAAACUGAUGAGUCGGUCUGAUGUCGCUAUGUUGAACGUGAUCUUGAGUGUUGAAGAGCGUUAACCGUCUAAUGGCUAAGAAAUGACGAUCAGCAAAGCUUUGACUUGUCCAUGUUAGCAUUGUCUGAGAUGGCAAGACAGGAUAAACUGUACUCUAACUCCAAACUGUGACUAAAUGGAACUGCGUAAACCUUUGACCUCAGUGGCCAAAUUCAACUGACAGGCCUUCAUUUCAGUCUGAGUGUCUUUAUGCUCUCCAGCACCGGAAUGUUUUUCUCAAAUGUCUGUUUUCAAACUGUAAGAUAAUCCCUCCUGGCGCCAUAUUUGUUGACAUAAUUACAAUUAAUGGGUCAAUCAUGACUAUGACACUGCUGCAGAACAUAGUGGUGAAUGAUCUUUCCUUUUAUAAAGGAUGUUUCUGAACGCUACAAAAACAGUCUUGGUGUUUGUUCUGCCCAUUUCUUGAAAGAAUUCUUUCAUUAUUAUCAGACCAGAAGUAAUGGAGGUUCAGAUUUUCUCCACUGCUUUUGUCCGGAUGAACUCUGAAGGACACGGAUCGGGACCCAUCAUGUCAUGCUGUGUAUCUGUGUUCAUCACUCGCUGUACCGGGCAUUUCUUACACAGCGAAAACCUUCACGUGUAAAUUUUCCAUAUUUGUAUUUGUCACUAAAAUGAUCUGUAAAACGGUCUAUUUUUGAAUUCCGUGUCGCACAUGAUGCUGAAGUUACUUUAAGAAUGUUUACUGUCGAUGGAAAUGUGAUCUUAGACAUCCAAUGCUGAUUUUUUUUUUUUUAAGGUUCCUUUUCAUUGUAGUUGGAUUCAAAUAUGACUUCAACCACUGAAUUGUAGACUUAACUGGCCUGUAGAGCACAUCAACAUUGCAGUCAGUGCUGCCUUGAGUUGUGAUGUUUACUAUUUGAAGAAACCAGCUUGAUUUCUGCACAAUUAAAUGCCAUACCACUUAGUG